UUUGGGUUCAAGAAAAGACACAUAAAAAGCGCAGAGAAAUCGAAAUCGAAAGAGAAAGAAAAAGAUAUUGAAACACCACUGUUUUGUUCGGCGCUCGGGCUGUGAAAUCUUUGAACCAUGGCUGCUCUACAGUACCUAGAAUCCUUGCGCGACGCCCACCCAGAGCUCAGCGAGUGGUACAAUGCUUUGGCAGAUCUGUACCAGAAGAAGCUCUGGCAUCAGCUCACCCUCAAGCUCGAACAGUUCGUCGCUCUCGCCGUCUUUCAGGCUGGUGAUGCUCUGAUACAGUUGUAUCAUAACUUCAUCACCGAUUUUGAGACGAAGAUCAAUCUCCUCAAGCUUGCACAUUUUGCUGUUAUAGUUUCUCGGCAGUAUUCUGAAAAAGAAGCCGCCAUUAAUUAUCUUGAGGGUGUGAUUGAAAAACUUCGGGCAACUGGUGAGCCGCGUAUAGAGGAGCCAAUCCUUUACAUUAAAAUGCAAAUAGCCAUGUGCAAACUUGAGCAAGGAGAUCAAAAGGAAUGCAAGAAAAUUCUAGAAGAUGGAAAGAGUACACUUGACAGCAUGACUGACAUUGAUCCAUCUGUAUAUGCUAGCUAUUAUUGGCUUUCAUCACAAUACCACAAAGUUCUUCAGGAAUUUGCUGAAUUUUACAAGUGUGCUCUGCUUUAUCUGGCAUACACUUCAGUGGAAUCUCUCUCAGAAUCAUUCAAGCUGGAUUUGGCGUUUGAUCUCUCCCUUGCUGCACUGCUUGGAGAUAACAUUUACAAUUUUGGGGAACUGCUCGCUCAUCCUAUUAUAAAUAGUCUUAUAGGAACAAAGGUCGAGUGGCUGUAUUAUAUUCUCCAGGCAUUUAACUCCGGUGACCUAGUUCGAUAUCAGGAAUUAUGCCGUGUACACAAUGCUGCCCUCAGGUCUCAACCUGCACUAGUUGAGAAUGAGAAGAAGUUAGUGGAAAAGAUUAACAUUCUCUGCCUGAUGGAAAUUAUCUUUAGCCGGCCUUCUGAGGACCGAACUAUUCCAUUAAGCAUCAUUGCAGAGCGCACAAAACUUUCAAUUGAGGAUGUUGAGCAUCUUCUGAUGAAGUCUCUCUCGGUUCAUCUCAUCGAGGGUAUAAUCGAUCAAGUUGAGGGAACAGUUCAUGUAUCCUGGGUACAGCCAAGAGUUUUGGGUAUUCCGCAGAUCAAAUCCUUACGUGAUCGGCUGGACAAUUGGUUGGAGAAAGUACAUACCGCUUUGUUGUCCAUCGAAGCGGAAACACCCGAUCUUGUGGCAUCAUAAAUUUUGUUCUUUUUGUUUUCCCUCAUUAUCUUUCUGCUCAUUGUGUAACAAUGUCUUCGAGAAAACAAAAGGAAACAAAAUGAAAAAUGGCAAUGGAGGCAAAGAGGAGAAAGAGACGAGUUUUAGUGACCGAGG